AUGGAAAUUUUGCUCCAAUGUCUUAACUGGGUGACGACGAGCAUUAGUGUGCGCUUGUCGAAGUGGGUUAUUGGUCAGCUCUUAUACUUUCGCCGUGCCCAGGCUGCCGUCACAAAUAUCCUUAACUAUGAGAUCAAUGCUGCGAGCGCCCUCGUUGACGCUUUCGGGCUCGAUAAACCUGGACUCCUAACUACUUCUGAUAUCGCUUUAACAGAUGUGCUAUACUUGGAUGCGUUCAUUGCCGAGAUCCUAGGAGUCAACAUCCCGGCUGGGACCCCCGUUCUCCUAGUUACGGAUCAGUUUGUGCCGGAAAGAUGGAUGCGCUCCGAUGGCACAUUUAACGCUAUUGCGGGCCCAUCCUUGCCGUUCUCGACUGGUGCGAGAGGUUGUUUCGGAAGGAAAAUUGCGUUAUUGGAAAUGAAGUUUAUGAUAAGCAUGCUUCUUCUCAGCUUCGAGUUCCCUGAGCUUGAGAGUCGCCUGAGCACAUAUGGGUCGACAGAUGCCCAGAUCAGACGACCUACUCAUGAAGCUGCUAUCUUCGAUAAAAACUUCGGUCGGGGCUUUUGUCUCUUGCUCUACUGA